GGAUAAACAGGUUUUAAUAGACAAGAGAAUUUCUGACAAGCGUAGAAAAAGUUUCAACAGCCGCCAUUUUGCCUGUUUGAAGUCGCGUAGAAAUUCAGAUGAUUUUCUUCUCUCCUACUGUCUUAUGUAUAUUAUAAGGGUCUGUUUUUGUAAAAUCAGUGUUAGAUAAUAUAAUAGUGUUUUAAUUUUGGUGACGGUUCUUGUCAGUUUGUGAAAAAGUGAAAAACUUGCUUGAUUAAAUUAGAGAUCAUUGUGCAGUUCCGAUGGAAGAUGGAGAAAGGCAGUCGCGAAAUAUAGUCGACCACUCGCAUUAGUCGAUACUCAUAAUGGCCGAUGGUUGACUUUUAUUCGAUAAAUAUGUGCCUUGUGAGAUGCAUCGACUCUCGAACACUUGGUACAUCGACUGUUUGGAUAUGUUUCUUUCAUAUUUUCGGCCAUAAAUCAUGUAUUUCUUACUUCAGUUGCAAUAAAUAGUGGAUUACAGUGCUGCUAGUUUGGUCAGCCGUAGCAUUGGGCCAGUGCUCGGUUUUGGCUUGGUAAACAGCAGAGUGCACCGAUUUUGCCAUGGCCGAUCACCUUGUAGAUGGGCCUCCCAAUGCCAAAAGGCAAAAAUUGGACCCUUUUCAGGGGCCAUCGGACUCAUCCGAUGGGUUAUCAAACAUGGACAUGUUGGACUUGGAAAAUGAUCUUCCAGAUGAACUUAUGUCAUCUUCACCCUGGGGUAUAGCCGAUAACAUGACUAAUGCUAAACCUCCUGCUCAAGGGCCAGGUCCAGGUGGAUUGCAAAAUGGUAUUGAUAACUCAGAAAGUAAUAAUCUUAGACAGCAAAUGCAGCUCAAUCAUCUCUUGCAACAGAGCAAUAAAGGCUUAGCUGGAAAUGCCCUGGUACUUGCUAGCAAUGCUUUAGGAAAUAAAAGCCCCAAUCUUCAGUCUCCUCCCAAUGUAUCUGUUGCUAAAGGAGGAGUAGUGGAAAUGAACCUUGGCAGUCUGCCUUCUAGCAUAUCUAGCAAUUCUGGAUUGCAAUCUAUGGCUAACAAUGGUAGUUCUACACAAGUUAUGAGUUCCGUGCAGGGCAUCAGUAACGCUGGCGGUAAUAUGAUAAUGACGAGCAGCAAUAUGAGUACUAUGGGUGGAAUGGCAGGAGGUGGAUUAGUUGUCAGUAGUACUGUCAAUAAGCCGCUUGCAAAUUCUUUUGCGCCAGGUCACCCACAGCACCCAGGAAAUCAUAACGUUUCUCAAGGACUGCCCAAUGGGCCCAUGAUGAAUAGGGUGGGCAUGCAUUUGAAUCAAAGGACGCCCGGUUCCCUUCACAUAGGAGGCCCCCGACUUCAAACGGUAGGGCCGCCUCAUUUAGGACCUCAGGGCAUGACCGGGAAUCCUCAGUAUCUUGGAUACACGAAUCCCAAUCAAGCCGCCCAAGGGGUUCCAGUAGGUGAGUAUGGUGUAGUCACUCCUCAACAAAAAAUGAAUCUUCAAAAUCAAUGUCCUCGCUUCGGAGGCACCCAGAACGUUCCCGGUCAAGGAAUUGGACCUCCAGGAUGCGGCGGAGACGGUGGGAUAGUUCAAACUCAACCACCUGCUCCAUCGCCAGCCCAACCCCUCUCGGGGGCUCCCAGUGGGACGCAGCCUGGACCCCAGCAAGCUACACAGAAUCCUGGUGGACCUUCUGGAGGCCAACCGGCUCCUUCCACAGGUAAAGAUCCAGAAAAACGAAAGCUUAUCCAACAGCAACUGGUUCUAUUACUGCACGCCCACAAGUGCCAAAGAAGAGAGUCUCAGACUAACGGAGAAGCGUGGUCUUGCACCCUGCCGCAUUGCAAAACAAUGAAAAACGUACUCAACCACAUGACCACCUGCAAUGCAGGAAAAAGUUGUUCCGUAGCGCAUUGUAGUUCGUCCAGGCAGAUCAUCAGCCAUUGGAAGAAUUGCGUCAGAACGGAUUGUCCUGUCUGCUUGCCUCUAAAACAAGCCGACAAAAAUCGCAACAACCCAAAUGCUGCCGCUAACGCCCCUCAAAAUAACCAAUCUCCGAAUCCUUCAGCAACGGAUAUGCGCCGAGCAUAUGAUGCUCUCGGUAUCCAAAUUCCCACUUCUGCCUCAGGACCAAGUCCGACCGGUCUCAUACCAAAUUCGGGACAACCACGUCCCGGUUUAAGGUUACCAGUGAACAGCGGCAAUGCCUUACCCAAUAUAGGAAACAGCAUGCAAGGCGUGCGGGUGCUAGCUCCACCAGGUCCUGCAGCACCCAAUGUUUCUCUACCAUUGAGCAGUGAUCCUUCGAAUUCGGCUCAAGCGCAGGGAAUCAGCCAAACGGCGGCCAGCAUCCAACAGAGCGUUAAUAACGUCAUGUUUGGCUUGGCGAGCGGCGCCGAAGCGGCGAACCAAGGAUUAAUGAAUCAAUUACCAUCUGGUUUAGGGCCAGGUCAAGUAACGGCGUCGCCUGUAACCGGAACUAAGGAAUGGCAUCAAUCUGUCACUCCUGAUCUCAGAAACCAUCUGGUGCAUAAACUUGUACAGGCGAUCUUUCCUACACCUGACCCGCAAGCUUUGUUAGAUAAAAGGAUGCAUAAUUUGGUGGCGUACGCCAGAAAAGUCGAAGGAGACAUGUAUGAAAUGGCCAAUUCUAGAUCAGAAUACUAUCAUCUUUUGGCUGAGAAAAUUUACAAAAUUCAAAAGGAAUUGGAAGAGAAAAGACUGAAAAGGAAGGAACUUCAAUUGCAACUGCAACAUUCUCAGCCGCCCCAGAUUAGACCAAAUAUUCAGGGAAUGGUAACUCGUCCUCCAGGAGUACCAGUGAACGUUCUCCCUUGCCAGCAACAACAGCCAUCACAACAGCAACCAAACCAAGGCCAACAGCAACUAAGAAGUGGUUCUCCAGCUCUUGGCGGACCUCCAAUAAGUGGCUUGGGCGUUCUGAACCCUAACAGCAGUAGGUUAAUGUUCCCAGUUCAACAACAAAAUACCCAGCAACCACCCCCUCAGCAACAAAAUGUUGGUUUACCAGGACCAAGUCCGACCACCUCAAACCCUGGCCUAUCACCUUUUGGGAAUCCCCUUUCACAAGGCAGCACAACUACUUCAAAUAGUCAAUUCCCUACUACCAGCAACGGUCCCGUCAGUUUGCCGCAAGUCUCACCGGCGGGACCAAACUCUCAAUCCAACCAGUUCAGUGAUUUGUUGAAACAAAACCGAAUACCACCAUCUCCUUCCAGUUUUGUCCAACAGCCACCAAAUAUUUCACAGCCUAAUCAACAGAACGUUGCUCAAAGUAGUACCUCUCGAAUACCCUCCACCUCUUCUGAUUCCGUAGCAACGCCCAUGCCUGUCAGCGUCGGACCAAAAUCUGUUAGUUCUUCCAGGGGUGCGUCACCGGCACCCGCAACUCCAGUCCAAGCCUCGCCUUCGGCUAUGGCUGCCAGUAUGGGUAAAGGCAUGAGCAGCUCAGAACGAGCGGCCCUAAACGCACCCAGGCAAAGUUCCCUUUCAUCCCAAAUGGCGGCCAUUACAGCGGCAGCGGAAAGGGACGAAGAUUCUCCCUCGCCACAAGGUGGCGGUAGUAAAGGAAAACUGGAUCAGAUGAAGAUGGAGACUGAUAUCAAACAAGAAGAUUCGGAGAUGAAUGAAAAUCACAUGGAAAACAACCACGGCGGCAAGAGCAUCAAGAACGAAAUUAAAAUGGAAAUCAAACAGGAAAUCAAAUCGGAACCACUUGACGAAAAUAUCACAAUUAAAGAGGAACCUGGAUUAAUAAAGGAAGAGCCAAACACUUCUGAAAAUUCUAGCGACGUCAAACCUCCCAUUACAGACACUGCCAACGCUACUGCCACUGGGGGAGACAAAAAACAAAAAAUAUUUAAACCUGACGAGCUACGCCAAAAAUUAAUGCCCACUUUGGAUAAGUUGUUUAGACAAGAUCCAGAAAGCAUACCGUUUAGACAACCGGUGGAUCCGCAGACGCUGGGUAUACCGGAUUAUUUCGAUAUAGUAAAGAGACCCAUGGAUCUCUCUACCAUUAAGAGGAAACUUGACAUUGGCCAGUACGCGGAUCCCUGGGAAUACGUUGACGAUGUUUGGUUAAUGUUUGACAAUGCUUGGCUGUAUAACAGGAAAACAAGCAGAGUGUAUAGAUAUUGUACAAAGUUAUCAGAAGUGUUUGAACAAGAAAUAGAUCCGGUGAUGCAAUUAAUGGGUUACUGUUGCGGUAGGAAGUACACAUUCAAUCCGCAAGUGUUGUGUUGUUAUGGUAAACAGCUUUGUACUAUACCGAGGGAUGCCAAGUACUUUAGUUAUCAAAACAGUAGUUUGAAAGCCUAUGGACUAGCUUCUGACAGAUACACUUUCUGCCAGAAGUGUUUUAAUGAUAUUCAAGGAGAUACUGUCACGUUGGGAGAUGAUCCUACUCAAGCUCAGACGACAGCAAUAAAGAAAGACCAAUUUAAAGAAAUGAAGAACGAUCAUCUGGAAAUGGAAGCUUUUGUAAAUUGCACUGAUUGCGGGCGUAAACUUCAUCAAAUAUGUGUGCUUCACAUAGAAUCGAUUUGGCCGCAGGGUUUUACUUGCGACGAAUGCUUCAAGCUUAGGGGACUGAAAAGGAGAGAUAACAAAUUCACGGCGAAGCGACUGCCUCCGACAAAUUUGGGUACCUAUAUCGAAAACCGAGUGAACAUAUUCUUAAAGAAAAAGGAGGCGGGCGCUGGUGAGGUGUCGAUCCGCGUAGUUUCUAGUUCGGACAAGGUAGUCGAAGUAAAACAGGGCAUGCGUAGCAAAUUCGUGGAGACUGGUGAAUUAGGAGGGGAAUUCCCGUAUAGGGCGAAAGCUCUGUUUGCUUUCGAAGAAAUUGACGGCGUCGACGUGUGUUUUUUCGGCAUGCACGUACAAGAAUACGGUUCUGAGUGUCCGCCGCCGAACACGCGCCGCGUCUACAUAGCGUACUUAGACUCUGUUCAUUUUUUUAAACCUAGACAAUUUAGGACUGCUGUGUAUCACGAGAUUUUAUUAGGUUAUAUGGACUAUGUAAAACAAUUAGGUUAUACAAUGGCCCACAUUUGGGCCUGCCCCCCAUCGGAAGGUGAUGACUACAUCUUCCAUUGCCAUCCUCCGGACCAAAAGAUACCAAAACCUAAGAGAUUGCAAGACUGGUAUAAGAAAAUGUUAGAUAAAGGAAUUAUCGAGAGGAUAGUGUUAGAUUAUAAGGAUAUUCUGAAACAAGCUAUGGAAGACAACUUGAGGUCGGCCGCUGAUCUUCCAUACUUCGAAGGUGACUUUUGGCCAAAUGUUUUAGAAGAAAGUAUAAAAGAAUUAGACCAAGAGGAGGAAGAAAAGAGAAAACAAGCCGAAGCUGCGGAGGCCGCGAUAUUUUCGUCGAUGGAAGAGAGCGAAGUGGGUCCCGACGGCAAAAAGAAGGGCCAGAAAAAAGCCAAAAAGAGUACAAAGUCAAAAGCGAAUCAAAGAAAAAAUAGCAGCAAGAAAUCCAAUACUCCUCAAACCGGCAAUGAUUUGUCGGCCAAGAUUUUUGCUACUAUGGAAAAACAUAAAGAAGUGUUCUUUGUUAUUAGGUUACAUUCUGUACAGUCCGCCGCUAGCUUAAAGCCAAUUCAGGAUCCUGAUCCUUUCAUAAACUGUGAUUUAAUGGACGGUAGAGACGCAUUCCUAACUCUCGCUCGUGAAAAACAUUACGAAUUCUCUUCUCUAAGGAGAGCAAAAUAUAGCACGAUGUCCAUGUUGUACGAACUCCAUAACCAGGGUCAGGAUAAAUUUGUGUACACUUGCAACAGCUGUAAAGCGCACGUCGAAACCAGGUACCACUGUACGUUGUGCGAGGACUUUGACUUGUGCAUACAGUGUUACGAGAAAGAAGGUCAUCCUCAUAAAAUGGAGAAACUUGGCUUGGAUAUCGACGACGGUAGCUCGCCGAGCGAUAGCAAAGCCAAUCCUGGUGAAGCUAGGAAGUUAUCUAUACAGCGUUGCAUUCAUUCUCUGGUUCACGCGUGUCAGUGCCGCGACGCGAACUGUCGCCUGCCGAGUUGCCAGAAGAUGAAGCGAGUGACCAACCAUACGAAGGUGUGCAAGCGGAAAAACAACGGCGGUUGCCCGAUCUGCAAACAACUCAUCGCGCUGUGUUGCUACCACGCGAAACAUUGUCCGGAGAACAAAUGUCCGGUGCCGUUCUGCUCCAACAUCAAGCACAAACUCAAGCAACAACAGCUCCAGCAGAGGUUGCAGCAAGCGCAGUUGCUGCGAAGGAGGAUGGCGGUCAUGUCGAGAGGUACCCAGCCAACUGUCAAUCCGAUUCCGGGUGCGACGAAUAUAGGUAUGGGCGGUGGUGGCGUGCAGUCGGUGGUAGGGGGUGCUGUCAGUCCUGCUAACACCUUAAAUCCUGGCCUACCAAAUCCUGCUAUGGGAAUUCAAUCUCCUCACCAACCUGGUAUAGGUCUUAAACCAGGCGCCCAAACACCACCGGCGAACGUUCUCCAGGUGGUGAAGCAGGUCCAGGAAGAAGCAGCUCGCCAACAAGCUCCACACGUCGGCUACGGAAAAGUCAAUCCUGGUCAAGUACCAGGUCAAAAUAUGCCGCCUCCGCAGAUCAGGAGCAUGGGACACCUUGGAGCCGGCCAAAGUGGUGGUAACUUACUGCCUAUGGAACAAUGGCAACAGCGGUAUCCCAGCGGCGUAGCGCCGGGCAUUCGACAACAAGGUCCUCCUGUGAUGCAACCCGGCCAGAUGGGCCAAACGCCGAUGCAACAGAAUCCGGCGGUCGUGCGGCCGGGUGCUGCUCCCAUCAACGCUCCCGGUAACAUGAUGCAGAAACAGGCGUUGCAGCAACUCAUGGCAACGCUGCGGUCGCCGCAAUCUGCUGAACAACAACAACAAAUUUUGACGAUACUCAAGUCCAAUCCUCAGCUCAUGGCUGCGUUCAUCAAGCAGAGACAGGCGCAACAAAUUCAACAGGCAGGUGGUGGAACCCCUCCUCAGCAACAACUCCAACAUAUCCUUAACCAGCAACCAAACUCCAACCAGCAGCAUCAAAACCGGAUGCAGAUGCAAGGAGGCCUCAUCAACCAGGCAGCGGCGCAAGGUCUCAACCAGGGUCCAGGCCCAGGUCAACCGAUGACCCAGCACCAGCAGUGGUUCAAACACCAGCAGAUGUUGGCGAUGCAGCGACAGCAGCAGGUCCAACAGCAGCAGGUGCAGCAACAACAACAGCAGCAGCAACAGCAGCAACCUGGCUUCCAGCAACCGGGCGCUUGUCCCACGUACCAGCAACGGUUGCCGGGUAUCAGGCAGCCGCACAUGGGAUAUAAUAACUCGUUUGGUGAUCAGCAAUAUCCACAGAUGCAGGGAUUGAAACCCACGCCGCCUCCUGUGCCGUCGCCGCAGGGGGUUAUGGGACCACCUCAGGGACAGGGUAUAUCUGUGCAGCAGCAACAGCUGAUGCAGAGUGUGCGCAGUCCGCCUCCUAUAAGAAGUCCGCAGCCGAGUCCGUCAUCUCGGACGGCGCCGAGCCCGCGAAACCAAGCGGUGGCGUCGCCGCGCGGGCCCCAACCGUCGCCGCACGAUCUCGCCGCCUCCGAGAUGCUCCUCAGUCAGAACCAUUCGAACGCCCUCCACCCACACGCCUCGCCCGCCUCGGCGCCGAACCAAGACUCAAAUAACGACGUGCCGACCAUGACUCCGCAGGACCAGCUCAGCAAGUUCGUGGAGCAGCUCUAGUGGUGCAACGUACUUCUCUCGAGACGGUUAUCAGACUAACAAAAGUGAUAAAAGAAUAUAUUUAUAUAUCUAUAUAUUUGUAAAUACUGUAGAUUGUGAAAAUAAUGAAGAAAGUGUAUUAUGUAAUGAUUAUAUAUACAAAAUUGUAAAUAUGUUUCAUAGACAACUGUAUCAUAUUAUACAUAUACAUAUUUAAAUUUUAGUGAAUUACUUGAGUGAAAAAAUGAAGAUACCUUAAAAGUAUUUUAUGGCUUUGCGAGGCUGUGUUUAAAUUAACGGAUUGUUACCUAGUGAAUGGUAGACUUUGGCAUAGCUACGCAACUGUUAUUAUUCGUUUGUUUUUUUUAUUUCAUUUAUUUUUUUAUUUUUUACGAUUUACAACUGAAUAUGACUUGUUAAUUGAUAGUCACGCUCUUGUAAAAAGUUAGCAAAGAAUUUUUACCGAAUACAUUUUAGUGUCGCGUCGGUAGCUAUUGUGAUGGCGGUCCCCCCUAAAGGGCCCGGACCUCCGUUUGUUUUUUAUAUAAUAUAUAUUUAUAAUUUAUAUACCUAUCGAUUUGUUUUUUCGUAUGAAUACAACAUUCCACGAAGUGUGGGGUGUGCGGUGCUGGCACAAAUGACAAUCCUGACGCCCACGCCAGUGCAAUAAAAAAAAUAACUUAUUCAAACACUCCCUCCUCUAAUUUAUUACUGAACAUAAAUCAACUAGAUUACUUAAUGUUAAGGAUUAUAUAAAAGAAAAUAAAUCAUAAUUCUGAAAUAUUAUACGGUUUUUUCCUUAACGUUUCCUCAAAAACAAAAAACAAAUUGUCUGUUUCAAAUAUGGUUUGCAGUGUAGGAAGAUCAGAACAAAUAAAUUUGAUAACAGUCAUUCAUAAUUUGUAAUAUAUUUUUUCUCUUCAAAGUCUUUUUAGUAAGUAUUUUAUAUUCAAAAGUAACCAGUUUCAAUUUGAAGUAUAUAACUGAUUAGUUUUUUUGAUGUAAUGAGUACUAAAAGAAUUAUUUUUAUCUAGUACAUUCCAAUCGGAAUAAAUUGUAACCACUUAACAACUUGUGGGGAGUAUUCCCUUUUUUGCUUAUUUUAAGUAAAAUUAUAAAUAUGGCUUUACAACCUUCAGUGUAAGUUUAUGUGGGUACCUUAAGGUGGUUCAUUUCCGCAAAAAAAAUUUUUUUCGGUGCUUAAGCAAUGGGUAGGGUGAAAAAGAAAUUAAGCAUUUGCUUUUACUUAAAAAUUGGUAACAAAUCGUACUUACUUUCCAAUAAAUAAAAUUUUUAGUUAAACUUGGGGAAUACUAAUUAUUUGAUAAAGACUUUAAGAACUUUAAGUAAGGUCCAGAAAUUUUAUUUAAAAAAAAUAAGCACGAUUUGUUACUCGUUUUUAAGUAAAAGCAAUUGCUUAAUUUUUAUUCACACUACCCAAUGACGCAAAUGCAAAAUUAUAAAUGUUUCAGGAGAGACCAAAAACAAAUAUUAUUUCCAAAUUUGGGCACAUAAAUUACAAAGAACUUGUCCUAAAUAGCAAAUACGACAUUAACCAUUGAGUAAGUAAGUUCUCCCUUAAAGUUGCAGACACAACUGAAUCAUGUGGCAUUGUUUUCCAAAAGUGGAGGGGCUUAAUAUUUUAAAACUGACGCAACUACCAUCUAGCAGCCGCGAGUGGAUAUAAAAUUACUUCCUUGUUAUACUGUAUAGAUAGACUAAUUUGGAAACUAAUGACAUGUUAAAAUCAAAAAGUCAUAAUUUUGCAUUUGCGUCAGUUUUACCGGAACAGCAAUUUAGAAAUAAAAUUCUCAACAAGUUUGAGCUCUUAAUAUCAAUUUUUAGUACUUACUAUUUAAAUUUCAAGUUUUACCAUUUAAAAUGCUUGUAAAAAAUUAUUUUUUUUUUUAAUUUCUAAUGCUUACCCGCCUUUUACAAAAUUGCAAAUCGGUUUGAUGAACCUUGUGGGGAAUUUCACGCUCUUCAAAAUUAUAUACAUUACGUUUUCAGGUAUAAAAAUGGCUAUAAAUUCAUUAAAUAUUGGUCAGAUAACUUUUUUUUAUGAGUUGGCCCCUUUUUUCUCUCUAGUUUUGACAAUUUGCUCGAAAGAAAAGGAGGAGGUUCUCAGUACGUCGUAAUAUUUUUUUUAUGUAUAUUCAGUGAUAAUUCUUUAACACGGUGUUCGAUUUCAACGAUUCUUUUUUUGUUAAAAAGGGGGUACUUCAGGGGUGGUCCCAUAUAAAUUUGGGAAAAUUCUAAUAAUUGGGUCCAUGAGAAAAUCCUCAAACUCUUCAUUUUUUAUGUAUGUUUAUCAGUAAUUCUUUACCUCCUUGUCUGAUUUCUAUGAUUCUUUUUUUGUUAGUAAGGGGGUAACCUCAGGGGUGGUUUCAUAUAAAUUUUGUUAAGAUGUGAUGACAUCUGCACGAUUUUGAAGUCGGUUUUUUAAAAUUACUUUUAAUACUUGUCAUAUUUUUGGAUGAACUCUUCCAGACACAUCUUUUUACUACCCUUACAACAGUUUUUAGGACAAUACCAUAUUGUUUAUAAUAUUCAUUUGAGACAGUUCCAUUUAGCAUAUUUCUAUAUAAGAAACGUCUGUUUUGACAAGAGGUUUUUAUACCAGAUGUAAUCCAAGUUCAUGCCCUUUUCUUUUUGAAUUAUUUUACUCGAAAAAUUAAAGCCUAUAUAUGUUUUUAUUUUAGAAUGGAAUAAGUCAUAAGUUUCAAAUUUUAGUUCUUCGACAAAAUAUCGAGUUGCUUUGUUUGAAAAUAUGCCUCUUUUUGAGGAUUUUUUGUGCUCUACGAGCAUUUAUUGUAAGUAUUAAGUUUUUGUGAGAAAUGGUCAGAUAUAGCUAGAUCAACCACAUGGACACUAUAAUCCUGAAAAUUAACCACGUCCGAUUUCUGAUUCUUUUUUGUUAGAAAGGGAAUACCUCGGGGGUGGUCCCAUAUAAAUUUGUUCAAGAUCUAUUAAUGGGACUGAUAAGAAAAUCAUUAUACUCUUCAUUGUAUCACUAUAUCUUAUGUACGUCCUGCGAUAAAUUGUCCGAUUUCUAUGAUUAUCUUUUCUGUUAGAUUAUUAAUAGGUAAUUUUGAGUAUAAACUAUUCUAGAAGUACAUAACAUCAAAUUGGUACUGUUAGGGAUUAUUUUAUUCAAAAUUGUAACAAAAAUGUCAAUUUAACAAUGUUGGUUAUUAAGUGAAUACAUUGCUAAGGCAUUAAAAUACAUUAAUAGUAUAUCCCAUUUAUUAGCAUUUUUACUAACAUAAAGAGAUUACUGUUAAGAUUUUUUUAAUGCAAAAUGAAGGAAAUAUCCCUAAAUUUUUAUCUAUUUUAAUAAAUGUUGUCGAAAAGGAACAGAAAAAGUUAUUAACUUACUAAUACAGUGAAAAAAAACUGCUUUUUGACCCCAUUUUUGCAGUAUUUCGGCGCGAAUGGCAAAGAUACGAGGUGGCAAAGUUGAAAUUCAGAAAGAGCACAUAGAAAUAUAUAAAAUUACCCAUUUUCAAAACUCUGAAAACUUUUCAAGUAAAACUACCAAAUGACUUUUAUAGGCUCUUUAGGGGUCUACUUUAACAAAAAUACUAUUGUGGCUACAAGUAGCUAUACCAUAUAGCCAAAAUUUUGUGUUAAAGUAAACCCCUAAAAAGCAUUGUUUCUUAAUAAGGAACAUAAAUUAUAACUUACUACAGGUUUCUUUAGGAUGUACGAUAGUAGUUCAUUUGUACCUUAACUACACUCCACUACAAAUUGAUUUAUAUAAACUACUUUUUAUUUUUUUAAUUAUGUAAACGUGAGAAAAAUGUUAUUUUCUUAUUUUAUUUUAACAAUGCAUACAGUACGAUCAAAAAUUAUGAAUUUUAUAUAUUUCAAAUUAUUCACUGAUUGGUAGUUUCCUUAAAUCAUCUUUUUGAUAUACCUUAUAGCUUGACUGUCUCGAAUUUAAUUUCUCCUGAUCUUUUGCACAGAAAACUAUACAUUUACCAGUGACUGGACAAGGCAAUACUCAUGCUUAAAAUCAUUCUAGUUUUUUUCCCUUCAUUAGGGUGGGCCGUUAACAAAACAUUUCAUAUUAUAACAUCAUUAUUGUAAAAAGUUGUCUAUCUC